AGCGCAUUAAAGGACUCGAAGGACUCGCGAUAAAAAAGAGAAGUUAGUGAAAAACGCGCUGCGGGAAAAGUGCAAGUGAAAAGUGGAAAUAAAGAUUUAUUCGUGAUAUAUUGAGUGACAAGUGAUUACUAUGAUGCACUGCAUCUGGCUACUGGCCAUUGUUGUGGCUGUGGCCUAUGGUCGCUCGCUGCACGUGCCGAGCGCAUACAACCCUCAUCCUCUGCUGCCCAAUGCCUACUAUCCCCAGCCCUACUCCUAUCCACCUCCCUCUCCUUAUGCCUAUGGUUACCAGUCGCGUCCACUGAUCUACAGUCCACCUGGCAGUUACUUUGACAACGCCUAUGGGCUACAUAAACCACUGCCUGGAGGUGGCAAUCCAGUCGCCGUCGACUACAACAAUCGCUGCUCUCGUAACUAUCUCGGCAUUAAGCCGCAUCCGGAUCAGCAGCAAUAUUAUUAUGUCUGUCGCCCCAACUGCGUGAUCUUCAGCAAAUGUCCGAAUUUAGAGCGUUUCAACUCGAGUAGCGGCAAGUGCGUACAGCGUGUGCGUCCCGAUUAUCCUGUUUAUUGUGUCAAGGAGGGACGCUUUCCUUACGCCUACGACUGCAAGGUCUACUACAAGUGCGAUGCGAAUCUGAGACUGGAAUGGUACGGUUGCCCAUCUGGCACAAUUUUCUCGCCCAUUAGCAGCAAAUGUAUUCCUGGUGAUGUCUGUCCUUCCACGGAAAUCUCGAACAAUGGCAGCUACAUUCCGGAGAAUUGUGAACUCAAGUUCCCCGAGUGCUCAGAGGAAGGCACAUUUGUGUCGCCCACCGACAGUUCCUUGUACUACACCUGCAAGCUGCAACCAAGUGGCAACUAUUUGCAGACACGCUUCAAGUGUCCUGGAAACAACUGCUUCGAUCCAGAACGCAAGAUUUGUCAGCCUAGGCGCAACAACAACUUCCAAAGCUACGUGCCCAUAGCAGAGCUUGCCUACGCUCCCAUGGCACCUUUCUAUCCUUAUCUGCCACAACAUGGCAACCCCGAGCCAACUUUUGAGGAGGAAUACGAUCCGGUGCGCGAGGAGAAAUUGGAAGCGGAGCCGGAAGCUAAAGAGAGUCCAACUUCUGAAGUGGAGAAUGCACAAGUCAAGAUUGUGAUACUGCCACCGAAGACAACAGAAACCACGACAACAACCACUACAGCAGCUCCCACCAAGAAGUAUCCUUCGUAUCCCUAUGGCUAUGGCUAUGGCUACGACAAACCCGAGACCCACAGUCUUGUCAAGGAAAACCCCGAGCAAGAGGCAGUGGUUAAUAUUGUUAUUAUACCAACAACAGCCAAGCCACAAGAGGAUACUACGAAAUACGAAUACAAGAAAUACACAUACCCCACUCAAUCCUCCUCGACACAUGCCACUCAACCAACAAAGCCCGCUUCUAAGGCUCCCAUCCUUGUUCCGGCACCAAAGCCUGCGCUUAUCGAGAAACAAGUUUUGCAUAGAAAAAUUGUCAUCCUUCCUCCCAUUACAACAUCACAAACUGAGGAGCCCACAAUACCAACCACAACAACUCGCAAGCCAACGACAACAAGCACCACUCAGAAACCCACCACCCCUAAGCCAACAACAACAUCAACUACAAAAACUACAACAACAGAAAAGACAACAACUCCGAAAACCACAACGACAACUACAACUAAAGCUCCGACUACUACCACAACGACAACUCCGAAACCAACAACUACAACAACAUCCAAACCAACCACAACAUCCAAGACUACCACAACAACAACUUUAAAGCCAACCACCGGAGGAACUUCGCAAACGACAUCGGUUGAUAGCACAAUUCGUACCACAAGACAGCUGACCACGAAACUAACGACCUUGACACCGUCACCUUCAACAGUUAAGACGACAAACCCACCUUGUCACCCACCCACCACAACAACCACAACCAAGCUUCCAACAACAACCACAACGACUACAACUCCUAAACCAACAACAUCAACAACAAAAGCAACCACAACCACUCCUAAACCAACAACAACUUCGACAACAAAAACAACCACUCCAAAGCGAACCACAGCUUCGACCCCAAAAACAACUCCGAAACUAACAACAACUUCAACAUCAAAAAUAACUCAGAAACCAACAACAAUUUCAACAACAAAAGCAACCACAACCACUCCUAAACCAACAACAACUUCGACAACAAAACCAACUCCCAAACCAACAACCACUUCAAUAACAACGACAACUCCGAAACCAACAACAACUUCGACAACAAAAGCAACCACAACCACUCCUAAACCAACAACAACUUCGACAACAAAAACAACCACUCCAAAGCGAACCACAGCUUCGACCCCAAAAACAACUCCGAAACUAACAACAACUUCAACAUCAAAAAUAACUCAGAAACCAACAACAAUUUCAACAGCAAAACCAACCACAACCACUCCUAAACCAACAACAAAAUCAACAACUCUAAAACCAACAACAACUUCAACAACUAAAGCAACCACAAUCACUCCUAAACCAACAACAACUUCGACAACAACCACUCCAAAACCAACAACUUCGACAACAAAGACGACUCCGAAACCAACAACAGCUUCGACAACAAAAGCAACCACAACCACUCCUAAACCAACAACUUCUAAACCAACAACUCCGCAACCAACAACAACUUCAACAACUCCGAAACCAACAACAACUUCAACAACAAAAGUAACUACAACCACUCCUAAACCAACAACAACUUCAACAACAACAACCACUCCUAAACCAACAACAACAACAACUCCUAACCAAACAACAACAAGUCCGACGACAACCUCGACAACAAAAAAAACCACAACCACUUCUAAACCAACAACAACUCCUAACCCAACAACAACUUCUAAACCAAUAACAACUCCGAAACCAACAACAACUUCGACAACAAAAGAAACCACAACUACAACAACUCAAAAACCAACAACAACAGUUGCAACGAAAGCACCAACCACAAAAAUAGCAACAACAGCAUCCACUACAACUGUGAAAUCAACAACGACUUCUGCAACGAAAGCACCUACAACAACUACCAUUACGACGACAACAACUACACCAAAGCCUACCACAACAACAACAAAGACAACAACCACUCAAAAACCCACAACAACAUCAAUAACUACGACUACAACAACAACUACUCCAAAAACGACAACAACUACGACUAAAGCUCCAACAACAGAACCGCCAACAACAACGCCUAAGCCAGCAACAACUACGACGAAAGCAACAACAACCACAAAAGCAACUACAACACCAAAACCAACAAUAACAACGACUAAGACUCCAACAACCGAACCGACAACAACAACGCCUAAACCAACAACAUCAACUACGACCAAAGCUCCAACGACAACAGAAAGUACAACGACAACAACAACACCAAAACCAACAACACCUUCGACUAAAGCUCCAACAACAACACCAACGACUACCACGACAACUUCUAAGCCCACAACAACAACAGUAACAACUCCCAAACCAUCAACAACGACGAAAGUAACAACUCCCAAGCCAACAACGACAAGAACAACACCCAGCGCUAGUCCAACAACUGCAGCAACAUCAAAGACGACAACCAAGCUGACAACAGCUGAGAGCACAAUUCGCACCACGAGACAGUCGACAACUCAAUUGGCCACCUCGAAGACAACUCCGUCAGCGAUAACAACGACAACUGCUGGCCAAAAUACGACGUUGGUAACAACCACAGAGCCGCCACCGUGUCACAACUCAGCGGACACGACCGUUGACUAUGGCACAGAGAAGGUGCCGGAGCUGAUACUCAAGGUGUAUGAGCCCAUCGAUGUCAAGGUUAUCUUCUGUCCACGAGCCUGCGACGAGGACCACGAUCAUCAAUAUGACCCAGCUGAUAAUUAUAAGACGCAUUCAAACUCGAGUUGUACGAGCAAUUGCGAUGAGCCCAAGCAUCCGCGUCAUCAUAGCGUAGACCUUGCCUGGAAGCCAGUUAACUUAACUAACACCAUCGGCUUCGAGACGAUGACAUAGGGACACUUUUGAAGCAGUUCUUACCAUGGCUAUACAACAUUAACUAUGCAUUAAAACUAACAACCAUUAAUUUAGUUCGAAUUGUAAUCAAAUAUAUUUGUGUACA